GACACCUGGCGCUGCGCCGCUGGCUCCCGCGACCUGAGCAGUAGCAGCAGCCUCAGCAGCCGGCUGGGAGCAGACCCCCGGGACCCCCUAGACUGUCGUCGCUCCUUGAUCUCCUGGGAUCCCCGAAGUCCUGGUGUGCCCCUGCUUCCCGACACUAGCACCUUUUAUGGCUCCCUCAUUGCUGAGAUGCCUUCCAGCCCCCCAGCCCGGCCAAGUCCCCGAGUCCCAGCUGUCAGGCGCCUCCCACCCCAGCUGGCCCAGCUCUCCAGCCCCUGGACCAGCUCAGACAGCCUCUGCAGCCACAGGGGACUCUCUUCCCCUCGCUUGUCUCUGGCCCCUGCAGAGGUUUGGAAAGCCAAAAAGAAGCAGGGUAAGGAUGGGGAGGCUAAACACAGCCUGAAGUGGGUUGUAGGAGGGACCAGGAGUGGGAUUGUGGUGGGCAUGUGGUCUGCUGGCCUCGAAGCCAGGUGUGGGCUGCACCCCACCCACAGCUUCGACUCUCCUGUCCUGGUGGGCACAAGGCCUCUUUGCCUAAUCACCAAAGCACUCAGGUUAGAGCACUGUCCUCAGCUUCUCUUUACACCGUGCUCUGUUUGGGCUUGGCCACACCAGUUGUGAGCCCUGUUGCUGGAGAAAACUCAGCUCAACAAACACUUAAUUAGCACCACUGUAUGCCAGACAUGGGACACAAGAGAUACCAGUUGCAAGGUAUCCUCCAAGGGCUCAAAGUCUAAUGAAAGUGCCUGACCAGCAUAUAAGUAAUUCUAGACCCUGGCAGAAUGUGACCAGCACCAGCAUGAACCUCAAGCUCUCAUGAGCUCAUGCCCUUAUGCACCGUGGAGGGGUCUGCCUGCUGACUCCCAGCUUGCUUCCCA